AUGUGUCCUCCUGUCUUUGCUACAUUUUCCCAAUUCAUUCUACCAUUGAAGAGUUCUACAAAGCAAGUCUCUACCCAGUCCCUCCUGAUCCAUCACUCUUCUUUCACUCUUCAACCGCCCUCGGAAUCUCUCCGUUUCCGGCCCAAAAGGUAACCUCAAGAUUCCGUGAUAAUCACUCUCCGUCUUCUUCUCCUAUCGUUGAAAAUUUUCUCAGAAUUAAUCGGAGUCGAAUUCUGUGUGUGAAGAACCAGCAACCGAAGGAAUCGUCGCGGUUGCAAUGGCGGUGGAAAGAGGAGGAGGGACGCUGUCGGAGAUAUACCAGAGCGCGAAGAAGCUUUUGCUGAGAACGCGAGACGGCCUCGAGAGGCUGGAGAGGUUGGAGUACUCGAGCGGCAUCGACUCCCCUGACCUUUGCAUGUCCAUCAAGAACGAUCUUUCUCAGAUCCAAUCUCUCUGCGCCGAUAUGGACCGCCUCUGGCGCUCCGUCGGCGCCAAGUCCCAACGCGAUCUCUGGAAAAGAAAAGUGGAACAAGUAGCGGAAGAGGCCGAAUCGUUGAAGGAGAGUUUGGAUAAGUAUAAUUUGAGGAACCAGAGGAAGAUGAAUGAAGCCAGAGAGAGGGCGGAGUUGCUUGGAAGAGCUAAUGGAGAGUCUUCUCAUGUUAUUAGAGUCUUUGAUGAGGAGGCACAAGCAAUGCAGUCGGCUCGUAACUCUUCUCGCAUGCUUCACGAAGCCACUUCCGUCGGGGAAGCUAUACUUUCCAAAUAUGCAGGGCAAAGGGAACACAUAAAGAGAGCACAACGAAAAGCACUUGAUGUACUGAACACAGUGGGUCUGUCCAACUCUGUACUGAAGCUUAUCGAGAGGCGGCACCGUGUUGAUCAGUGGAUCAAGUAUGCAGGCAUGAUUUUGACAGUCGUUAUUGUGUUUUUCUUUUGGAGGUGGACACGAUGAUCUAUGCCUCAAAUGUUGUCAUGGUACUUGGUUCUACUUCUGCAAAGAGGAUAUAAUUUUCUUUUGUGAUUUGGUCUCCAUUGGAACGAAAGGCUAACGAUCAGUGUACAUGGCCCUAUUUUAGAAGACAAACAUAUAUAAAUAUAUGAAUUUACAUGGAAUAGCCAUCUACCUUCUCUUUGA